CCGGCAGCCCCCGCGCGCCAGGCUUUUUCCCGUUUGCUGCUGCCGAGGGUGAAACUACAGUUCCCAGGAGGUCUCGCGUGAAGCGGCUUGGAAGAGUGGGCAGUCACUGGAAGUCACUCGGGCCACCGGAGCUGGCGGCGUCUCCCGCGAGCGGCGUGGGGCCGGACGCCGCGGUCUUGGGGCCCUCGGGGUGGGAAGCCGGGACGCCCAGAGCCUGCAGUCAGAACUCCUCGCCCUGUGCUGCCCAGCAGAGCCCCCCAGUCUGCGGUGAUGAGCAGUGGGCUUCCCUAAGUGCCUCGGGAACACACACAGGGAGAGAUUGUGCUCGCGUGCGGGAGAUAACGUGUGUGUGGAGUAUCAGCAGUGACCGGGUUGCCCUGUGACAGGCAAAUUCUCCCAGGUUUCCUGCAGGCGAUCUCUCACUCUUUGUACUUGUGUCUGCUUAUUUUCUGUCACGUGGUGGACACGGUUGGGAUCACUGUUGAAGCCGGGAUCGAACCUGGGUCGUCCACGUGCAAGACAAACGUCCUACCCACUGUCCUGUCUCUCCAGCUCCAGCGCGUCUGGUUACCUGAUCAUGGCCGGGGAGACGCCUCAGCAGCCGACCAGCCCGCGCCCGCCGCACGCCACGGCCUGCUGAGCCCCUUGGCACGGAGCUGCCGGGACAGCGCCCACCUCCUGAGCGUGUCCAGCUCGGCUGCCCACAGCGAUGGUGGAGAGCUGGCCGCCACAGGCUCACGACCUUCCCGACAGGCUUCAGGGCCCGCUUCCUUCCUCCUGGGACUGGUGGCCCUCAACAAUGGCUGAGGGCCAGGGGACCCCAUAAAGCCCCUCUACACUCUCUGGGGGCCAGCAGCACUCCUGUGCCCGUGGACGAUGACCACCUAUCGGCCCCUUCCCAAUGAUGGCGUGGACCUGGCCACCAGCUGUGGCGCCCGGUCCGAGGGCCUCCCAGGAGACUACACUCCCAUGGGCUUCUGGGUCCAGAACGGGGGCCUGGCCCAGCCGCUGGGUGAGAGCCCGGCCCCCGCCCCCACGCGCCCCAGUCCCACCACCCCCGCGGUGCCCAAGAUGGGUGUGCGUGCCAGAGUGGCCGACUGGCCGCCCAAGAGGGAGGCCCUGAGAGAGCAGAGCAACCCCAGCCCCUCCCAGGACACAGAUGGCACAAAGGCCACCGCAGCAGCCCCCCCGCUGCGGAGCAUGCAGAACGGACAGCCCCCCACCAGCAGCUCGGCAGCCUCGGGGUGCCGAGCCUUCCACCGGCUCUCCAGGAGGAGGUCCAAGGACGUGGAAUUCCAGGAUGGGUGGCCGCGGUCCCCGGGCAGGGCCUUCCUCCCGCUGCGCCACCGCAGCAGCAGCGAGAUCACCCUCAGCGAGUGCGACGUGGAGGACGCAGGGGAGCCCCAGCGGGGGCCCCGGCACCCCGGGGCGCUACCCCUCUUCCGGGAGUACGGCAGCACAUCCUCCAUCGACGUGCAGGCCGUGCCCGAGCAGAGCUUCUUUGACAUCCUCAAUGAGUUCCGCAGCGAGCAGCCGGUGCCCCGGGGCUCCCAGACCCUCAGCCACCUCCUGCAGGCCGACCCGGGGGCCCCCCUUGCAGGAACACCCCGCCCCGGGCAGCCCACCCAGGACCACCUCCUCCCACUGCAGCCCCUGAAGGAGAAGGAGAAGGCCCGCCGGAAGGCGGCACGGGGCCCGGGCAGCGGGGACACCGUGGACUCCUCCAUCUUCCGCAAGCUGAGGAGCAGCAAGGGCGAGGGGGAGGCAGGCCGGGUGCCGGGGGAGCCCGAGGACGGCCGCAGCCCCCCCGAGACUGGCCGGCCCUGGGUGUGCCAGAAGAGCUUCGCCCACUUUGACGUGCAGAGCAUGCUCUUCGACCUGCACGCCGCCGCCGCUGCCAACCGGGGCUGCCCCGCACCUCGCCGCAAUACCACCACGGGGGCCUCGGCCGCCUCAGCCACCGCCUCGCUCACUGCUGGGGCGCGGGCCCAUGGCCUGGGGGGCCUGGACCCCACCUUCCCCAGCACUGAGGACCUCAACUGCAAGGAGAGCCUGGAGCAGGACCUGGGCGACGACAACAGCAAUGAGCUGUUACUCAGUUGCCCGCACUUCCGCAACGAGAUCGGGGGCGAGCGCGAGCGCAACGUCAGCUUCUCCCGGGCCUCGGCGGGCUCCCCCGGAGGACCUGGGCCCGAGGGGCGCCCGCCCGAGCCCGCCCUCAGCGCCUAUCGCACCAACGCCAGCAUCUCGGUGCUCGAGGUGCCCAAGGAGCAGCAGCGGACACAGAGCCGCCCGAGGCAGUACAGCAUCGAGCACGUGGACCUGGGCGCCCGCUACUACCAGGACUACUUCGUGGGCAAAGAGCAUGCCAACUACUUUGGCGUGGAUGAGAAGCUGGGACCGGUGGCUGUGAGCAUCAAGCGGGAAAAGCUGGAGGACCACAAGGACCACGGGCCUCAGUACCAGUACAGGAUCAUCUUCCGGACCCGUGAGCUCAUCACCCUGCGGGGUUCCAUCCUGGAGGAUGCCACGCCCACAGCCACCAAGCAUGGGACGGGACGGGGGCUCCCCCUGAAGGACGCACUGGAGUAUGUCAUCCCCGAGCUCAACAUCCACUGUCUGCGUUUGGCGCUCAACACCCCCAAGGUGACGGAGCAACUGCUGAAGCUCGACGAGCAAGGGCUCUGCCGGAAGCACAAAGUGGGCGUCCUUUACUGCAAGGCGGGCCAGAGCUCCGAGGAGGAGAUGUACAACAACGAGGAGGCCGGGCCCGCCUUCGAGGAGUUCCUCUCGCUCAUCGGAGACAAGGUCUGCCUGAAGGGCUUCACCAAGUACGCCGCCCAGCUGGACGUCAAGACCGACUCCACAGGGACCCACUCCCUCUACACCACGUACCAAGACUACGAGAUCAUGUUCCACGUCUCCACCCUGCUCCCUUACACCCCCAACAACAGGCAGCAGCUCCUGAGGAAGAGACACAUAGGGAACGACAUUGUGACCAUCAUCUUCCAGGAGCCGGGGGCGCUGCCUUUCACCCCCAAGAAUAUCCGCUCCCACUUUCAGCACGUCUUCAUCAUCGUGCGAGCACACAACCCCUGCACAGAGAAUGUCUGCUACAGCAUGGCUGUGACCCGAUCCAAAGACGCACCUCCUUUCGGCCCCCCCAUCCCCAGCGGGACCACGUUCCGCAAGUCCGACGUCUUCAGAGACUUCUUGCUGGCCAAGGUGAUCAACGCGGAAAACGCGGCGCACAAGUCGGACAAGUUCCACACCAUGGCCACCAGGACCCGCCAGGAGUACCUCAAGGACCUGGCCGAGAACUGUGUCUCCAACACACCCAUCGACUCCAGCGGCAAGUUCAACCUCAUCUCCCUGACCUCCAAGAAGAAGGAGAAGACCAAAGCGCGGGCGGGCGCGGAGCAGCACAGCGCUGGGGCCGUGGCCUGGAGGGUGUUGGCGCAGGACUACGCCCAGGGGCUGGAGAUCGACUGCAUCCUGGGCAUCUCCAACGAGUUCGUGGUGCUCCUGGACCUCCGCACCAAGGAGGUGGUGUUCAACUGCUACUGCGGGGACGUCAUCGGCUGGACCCCCGACGCCGCCACGCUCAAAAUCUUCUAUGGGCGAGGGGACCACAUCCUACUGCAGGCCACCGAAGGCUCGGUGGAGGACAUCAGGGAGAUCGUCCAGAGACUGAAGGUGAUGACCAACGGCUGGGAGACGGUGGACAUGACGCUGCGGCGGAACGGGCUGGGGCAGCUGGGCUUCCACGUCAAGUACGACGGCACCGUUGCCGAGGUGGAGGACUACGGCUUCGCCUGGCAGGCCGGCCUCCGGCAGGGCAGCCGGCUGGUGGAGAUCUGCAAGGUGGCCGUGGUCACGCUGACGCAUGACCAGAUGAUCGACCUGCUGCGCACCUCCGUCACUGUCAAGGUGGUCAUCAUCCCGCCCUUCGACGACGGCACGCCCCGCAGGGGGUGGCCGGAGACCUAUGACAUGAAUACCUCGGAGCCCAAGACCGAGCCGGAGAGCUUGACCCUGGGGGGCCGGCCCCCCUACCGCAGCAACGCUCCCUGGCAGUGGAGCGGGCCCGCGUCCCACAACUCGCUCCCUGCCUCCAAGUGGGCCGCUCCCGCCACCCCGGGCCAUGUCCAGUCCCUGAGCCGGGCCCCGAAGCAGACCCCCAUGGUCCCCUUCCGGGAGUCCCAGCCCCUGCACAGCAAGAGGCCCGUCAGCUUCCCAGAAACCCCUUACACAGCGUCACCAGCAGGGGGCGACAAAGUCCCUCCCUACCGACAGCCUUCUGGGAGCUUCUCCACCCCCGGCUCCGCCACCUACGCCAGAUACAAGCCAUCCCCAGAAAGGUAUGCGGCCGCCCCCCACCCACUGCUAUCCUUUGAUCCCCACUUUGGCCUCGAUGGGACAUCCAGUGGCGAGUCCUCCUCAGGCGGCCUGACCAGCCAGGAGAGUACCAUGGAGCGCCAGAAGCCAGAGCCUUUGUGGCAUGUGCCCGCCCAGGCCCGGCUCACCGCCAUGGCUGGAAGCUGUGGGAGCAAGCACACCUCCCGGCAGGACACAGCAGGCAAAGACUCUCCCAACAGGCAUUCCAGAGGAGAGCCUCAAUACUCCAGUCACUCCAGCAGCAACACUCUGUCCAGCAACGCGUCCAGCAGCCACAGUGACGACCGCUGGUUCGACCCCCUGGACCCCCUGGAGCCCGAGCAGGACCCCCUGUCCAAGGGCGGCUCCAGCGACAGCGGCAUUGACACCUCCCUCUACACCUCCAGCCCCAGCUGCGUGUCCCUGGCCAAGGUGCCUCGGCCCACCAAGCCCCACAAGCCCCCCGGAAAUCUGGGGCUGUGUGGGGGCGGGCGAGAGGCGGUGGUGCGGCCCCAUCACGCGGACCGGCGCCGAGAGGUCUCCCCGGCCCCCGCCAUCGCCAGUCAGAGCAAAGGCCACCGAGCAAAGCUCUACUCGGGCACCAGCACGCCGACCGGCCUGGCAGGGGGCAGCCGCGACCCCCCAAGGCAGCCCAGUGAUAUGAGCGCAAGGGCCACAUACCCCGCUCAGGUUUACAAGACGGCCAGCUCGGAGACCCCACGGCCCUCGCAGCUGGCACAGCCCGGCCCCUUCCAGCUCUCCGCCUCCGUGCCCAAGUCCUUCUUCUCCAAGCAGCCCGCGCGCAAUAAGCACCCGACGGGGUGGAAGAGAACGGACGAGCCCCCGCCACGGCCGCUCCCCUUCACAGACCCAACACUCCCCUUCACGGACCCAAAGAAGCAGGUGGACGCCAACACAAAGAAUGUCUUCGGGCAGCCGCGGCUGAGGGCGUCCCUCCGAGACCUGCGCUCCCCCCGGAAGAACUACAAGUCCACCAUCGAGGAUGACCUGAAGAAGCUCAUCAUCAUGGACAACCUGGCGCCCGAGCAGGAGAGAGAGGCAGGGUCACCCCAGAAGGGCCUGCAGCGGACGCUGUCGGACGAGAGCCUGUGCAGUGGAUGCCGCGAGCCCAGCUUCGCCAGCGGCGGCCCCGAACCCGGCCUCCCCAGCGACGUGAUCUUCACCAGCACCUGCGCCUUCCCCGCCAGCACGCUGCCCGCGCGCCGCCAGCACCAGCACCCCCAUGCGCCGGGGGGCCCCGCCGCCAGCCCUGCUGCCGGCAACGGCUUCCCAGAGAAGAGAUCCACCAUCUCUUCCUCGGAGCUCUCUCUGGCCGACGGGCGGGACCGGCCACUGCGACGCCUCGACCCCGGGAUGAUGCCGCUGCCCGACACGGCGGCCGGCCUCGAGUGGUCCAGCCUGGUGAACGCAGCCAAGGCAUACGAAGUGCAAAGGGCCGUCUCGCUCUUCUCUCUCAAUGACCCAGCUCUGAGCCCCGACAUCCCGCCCGCACACAGCCCUGUCCACAGCCACCUGAGCCUGGAGAGGGGCCCCCCAACGCCCAGGACCACCCCGACCAUGAGUGAGGAGCCACCUCUGGACCUGACGGGCAAAGUGUACCAGCUGGAAGUGAUGCUGAAGCAGCUGCACACGGACCUCCAGAAGGAGAAGCAGGACAAGGCGGUGCUGCAGUCGGAGGUGGCCAGUCUACGGCAGAACAACCAGCGGCUGCAGGAGGAGUCGCAGGCCGCCAGCGAGCAGCUGCGCAGGUUCGCCGAGAUCUUCUGCCGGGACCAGAAGGAGCCCUGAGUCCACCAGGCCCCGUGGCCACCGCGCCCACAGGGGCGACCGAGGAUCCAGCCAGGCCCCGGCCCGGCCCCCCGGCGGCCUCACAGACCUGGUGCCCAGGGCCCCCGGGCUCAGCCUCCUCCCAGCUGCCGCCUGGGGUCGUGGGGGUGGGGCUGCCUCCCCAGAGUCUUCCACCCUCCUCUCCGGCCCAGCCUGCGGGGGCUGCAAGAAGGCCCAGAGGGGCCCCGUGUGGGCUCGAGGGGCCCGGCCCCCUGCAUGAAAACUCUCAGUGUGACCCGCCCCAACCUCCCCAGAAGUGAAGGCCGAGGCCCAGACCCUCGCCCCGCCCCACCCCGCAGCCCCCAGAAGCAUUUUCUCUCAGACUUUCCACAUUUCCCUGGGCCUCCCAGGAGAGCCAGAGGACCCCCGCAGCAGAGGCCGCUUCUGGGGGCAGACUGUUUGCACACUCGACCGUUCAUCGUCUGUUUCCGCCCAAGGCCACCGUGCCUGUCCCCUCCUCCCUGCUCCCCCCGCCUCACUCCUCCCCACACAACCUCCCCAGCCUGGGCCUGCAGCCGCCUUCAUCUGCUUUUGUCUUUUCUUUUGCGAGUUUAUCGGCCUGCCGUGGUGGUCCUUGCAGUGGCCGCCCGGGCCCCCUUCCCCAUGCUCCCUGGGGGCACUUCGCUGUGGACCCUCCGGAGACUCUGCUUCUCUAAGGCAAUAAGGGGCCGCUCGCAGGCAGCCGAGCCCGCAGGGUGCCACGCUGUUCACCCAGAAGACAGAGUUUCUUUUUUUUUUUUCCUUUAAAAACAAACAAGAAAUAUAUAUAUAUAUAUUUAUUUUUUCAUGUAGAGUUGCGCCAGAACGAGUCUGGACGGACAGUGUGUGGGUCCCAUCAGCCUCCAGCUGAGGGCCGAGGCCUGUCUGGGGGCUGUGACUCGGCUGGUGGGAGGACAAGGGGCAGGCGGCCGGCAGGGGCUGGGCACGGGGCCAGUGGCCCAGCCUUGGGCCAGAGACCCCACUGCCUUCUCUUGGGGACCAGAAACCUCAGGGAAGGGGGCGCCAGGGGCUGCACAGGACGCAGGCCCUCUGGGAGGUGCCAGGCAGCACCCCCUCCCUGCCGGCAGAGCAGCCCCCACUUCUGCCAUCUCCCUUGGGGGGGGGGCUGCCUGGCCCUCAGCCCUGGCCAACUACUGUGACGUCGCCCCCCCACCCCCCGCCCAACUCCUUCUCCAGAUGGUUCUCCAGGACCGCCUCCCUCUCCCCCCUUUUUUAAGUUGUCUCAUAUCUUCAGAUCAUUCGAAUCAUUUUGGGGACCUAAUCAUGUACAUUGACCAGUGUAAAUUAUGAUUUUUUUUUGGUUUUCUGUUAUUUUUAAGGAUCUCUGCAAAACAAAUCUAUUUAAUUCAAGGUUGGUGUUCUACCUGAUACUGAAGAUAGUGGGGUGUUUAUGUUUUGUUUUGUUUUCAGAUGUUGAUUUGUUUCCUUUGGAUUUUUUUUUUAUUCUUUGUCCUUUUUUUUUUUUUUUUCCUAUCCCUGUCUUGAAAUUUUCUGGCAUGUUUCUGGAGAUUUCAAAGGAAAUAAAAUGUUUCAUAGAAAAGGCUUGUGUGCAGCCUGGAGUCGCCGACAAGAAGGUGGGGUCCCCCCUCCAUCGCCAGCACUGUCACCAGCCCCCAUGCACACACCACAUAAACAUGUACACCACACAUAUUUAGAGACCGCAUACACAUACAUGACAUGUACACAGACCACAUGCACAGCAUACCACACACACACACACACAGGCUCACACACUUGCUUCCCUUAUAUCUUUCCCUUCCACCAAGCAAGGACAGAAACCCAACACAGAAGUGACAGUGGGGAUUCAGCAGGAAAACCAGCUCGGCUUGUGUUUCAGAAUUUGCCGGUCCCCUAACCUGGGGCCAGCGGGUAUAUGGGGCUUUUUUGUUGCUUUUUCAUGCCACACACAGUAAUGCUCAGGGGUCACACUUGGUGCUGCAGGUAACCAGGGUGCCUCUGGCCCCAGAGAUGACGUGUGGAGUUUUGUGGGGGCUCCUGGCCCGUUCCCCAUAGGUGUCAGUCUCCUCUUGCAGGUUGGGGGGGAGCAGAGCACAGCCCUUGCUUUCUAGGCCAGGGACUCAGCAGGGGUGGGGUCACCCCCGUGAGCUCAACUGGGGGACCAGGUUAUUCACUGACCUGUGCAUGUGUGUGCGCACUAGGGGUUCAGGGUCGAAAUGACUGAGUGUGGAACUCCUGGAAACGCCACGGCCCUGUGUCCUGUGGGAAGUGGGGGUGUGCCCCCCAAACAUAUGCACACCCAGGGCCCUCUGCCCGCUCACUUACUGUCAUGGAGUCUGCUGUCCGAGACCUCACACCCCACCCCUCCCGGCAAGGAAACACUCAGGGACGGCGUCUGUAUCCU